UCGGUAGAAGACUCGGUGAUGACACGAAAAUGACUAAAAAGGAAACCGUGAAAAGCAUGUGGGCUGUGUCCUUGUGGAUUCUCGGCGGUCUCCUCGCCCAGUCGGUCCCGUCGAAGUGCAAAGGAAACUCGGUAAGGUUCAUCCGAGGGCUGUGGCUCCUCUCCGCCCUCAUCAUCGGCUCCGUGUACCGCUCCAACCUCAAGGCCAUGCUGAUUCUGCCCAGACUGCGCCUGCCUUUCGAUAGCUUGGAGGAGCUCGUGAAGACCGACAUCCCGACUUACGUGUACGAGGAUAGCAUGAUUCACCAAGCCAUCAUGAGCGCGGCACCGGGGACGUCCCUCUACAAGCUGAGGAAGCAGGCCCUUGUCCGCAGGGAUGUGUUGACAAUGGUAAACGAGGUCUCCGAGGGCGCCUACGCUGCUUUCUUCGGGAAGAAGGCCUUUGAGUCGAUCAUUCAUCAUAUCUAUGGCAUGCAGGGGACGUGCCCUUUGUACAUGGCCAAGGGGACUGUCUUCACCACGAGCCUCUCCCUUGCGUUUCCCAAAGGAUCGCCGCUCGUCAAGAAAGUAAACCCUCUACUCUAUAGGAUGAAGGAAUCUGGCAUCUUAAACCGCAUGUACCUUCAUGGCUUGUCAAAUUACACCAAAUGUCUUCAGCCGAGCUUGGUGUCGCCCUCAAAAGGCCUCAGACCCUUCGAGUUGGAGGACUUCUACGGCGUGUUCUGCGUGUACUUUGGGGGUGUGAUCUUCUCGGUGCUCGUGUUUCUCCUGGAGCUGGCGGUGCCUCUUAAUCACUUCAGCUCCAACAUCUGCAGAGGAAAGGCGGAACGAGGUCAUGCAAACCCUAGUCCACCCUCCCUCGCCAGCGCUUGAAUCUCCCAUGACCUAACCUGACCCCAUACCUGACGGAUGACUCUUCUGGGAUUAAUAUUGCACUGAGGCGUUGUACUGUUUGAAGAUUAGAUGCAAACCAUUCUUAGGAUUGAUUUGUUUUGUGAUUAUGCACAAAUGUAUUAACAUGUAGACAUAGGAUAGAGCAAAUUAAAAAUCGUAUGGAACGUUAUACAUAGUUUAAUGAUAAUAUGUGGUAGGAUUAACAUUAAUGUGGCGAAAUUACCUUAAUACAUAGUUGAUUAUGCAUGUAACUGUGAACAUAUUAACUCAAGCCAUAUAAACAGCACAUCAUGUGAAAAAAAGUACCUGUUCGGUGUCAUAAGUAAGUUUUACUAAUACACAAUGCAAAACAAUUUGGGUUAAUAAUUAUUGUUAGUUCCAUCCCGUGGACUUCUACCACUUAUCUGUAACUUUGCAGGAAAAAAAAAAAAAUGUGUUAAGGAUAUACAUGUGUUUGGUAACUU